AUGACAUCAUCGGUUGCCAGGGCGAUUGCAGUUGACGUCAUUGCUCAGGUGGGAGGUGAGACGACAGUUAAAUUAUAUCUCUAUCUAUCUUUCCUCCUCCUUUAUUCUGUUUUUGUUUUCUUCUCUCUUUCGAUACUUUUGCUCUGUAUAAGAACAUUUACAAUCAAUAUUGUCCAUUUAUGUUCGUUUCUGCUCCGCCCACAGUCUCCUCCCCCUUUUCUUUCUUUUCAUCUUCCUUUUCCAUUUCUGUCUAUUCCUUGUAAACAUCUCUCUAUUAAUUUUCCAUUUUUUUACCAUUUUUUUGUCUUCCACUUCUUUUUCUCACGUCCUUAUUUCUUUCUUUCUCACCUCCUUAUCUCUUUCUUUUCCGCUUUCUUAUUUUUGUCUCUUCUUUAUCGCUCUUUUUCUCUCUUUUUUAUAUCUUUCUUUCUCUCUUUCAGGCUUUCUUUCGCUUUUUUUCUCGUCUUUAUUCCUCUAUUUCAUCUCUGUUGUAUUCUUUCUCUUUUCUUUCUCUCUCACUUGCCUUCCACACUUUAUUUAUCUUUCUUUUUAUUUCUCUUCCUCUCUGACCAAUUCUCUUUCCUCUUCUUCUUCUCUCUUCUUUCGCCCUAUAAUUUACCUUUACCUUUUCUCACUUUUCUGUCUGUCUGUCUAUCUCUCUCUCUCUCUCUCACACACACACACACACACAUUCUCUUUUCCUUUUUUCUUAAUCUCUCUCUUAUCCAUUCACGCGGCUCAACAUGCACAUGA